CACACCCGGGAGUCCUGCGGCCUCGGGCGCGAGUUGACGAACUGUGCCCGGAACCUUCUGGGAAGCCCGACCCGGCGUGGACGGUCCCGAGUGCGAGUGCCUGGGCCCGGGUGCCCUGCGCACAGCGGCGGAGAGCGAGUCCGGGCGAGGAUUCGGACACAGACUGCGCGUGCCUGAGUGCCGGCGGCGGCUCCUCCAGCUCCGCAAAUGUUCCCACUCCCUCAGAAGGACUCUGGGACACCUACCACCUCUCCGGGUUCAGUCUCCACACAGGGCCUGCACAGUAACCAUGGGGAUGGUCUGGAAAGAGAAUGCUCCGGAAAACCAGACCAGAAGCCGCUGAAGCUCUAUGGAGUGGGUGAUCCCACCGCCGUGUUCUCCUCCGACAGCCCCUACCUGUCCUCUAGAGGAAGCAUCAUUAAAUGGUUCUGGGAUUCAGCAGAGGAGGGCUAUAGGACCUACCACAUGGAUGAAUAUGAUGAGGACGAGAACCCCAGUGGCAUCAUUAACUUGGGCACCAGUGAGAACAAACUCUGCUUUGACCUGCUGUCCAGGCGGCUGAGUCAGAGCGACAUGCUGCGGGUGGAGCCGUCCCUGCUGCAAUACCCUGACUGGAGGGGACAUCUGUUCCUCCGGGAGGAAGUGGCCAGGUUCCUGUCUUUCUACUGCAGGAGCCCCGCACCCCUUAAACCAGAGAACGUCGUGGUUCUGAAUGGCUGUGCCUCUCUCUUCUCCGCUCUGGCCACAGUGCUGUGUGAGGUGGGGGAGGCUUUCCUGAUCCCUGCCCCUUACUACGGAGCCAUCACGCAGCAUGUGUAUCUCUAUGGCAACGUCCGACUGGUCUGUGUCUAUCUGGACAGUGAGGUCACUGGGCUGGAGACACGCCCCUUCCAGCUCACAGUGGAGAAGCUCGAGAUGGCGCUGGAAGGAGCUAAUUCUGAGGGUGUGAAGGUCAAAGGCCUCAUCCUCAUCAACCCCCAGAACCCUCUGGGUGAUGUCUAUUCCCCAGGAGAGCUGCAGGAGUACCUGAAGUUCGCCAAGAGGCAUGAGCUGCACGUGAUGGUGGAUGAGGUCUACAUGCUGUCCGUGUUUGAGGAGUCGGUUGGGUACCACAGUGUCCUGAGCCUGGAAAGGCUGCCUGACCCCCAGAGGACCCAUGUGAUGUGGGCGACCAGCAAGGACUUCGGGAUGUCUGGGCUCCGCUUUGGCACGCUGUACACAGAAAACCAGGACGUGGCCACUGUGGUAUCCUCCCUCUGCCGCUAUCACGGCCUCAGUGGCUUGGUCCAGUAUCAGAUGGCACAGCUGCUCCGGGACCGUGACUGGAUCAACCAAGUGUACCUGCCGGAAAACCACGCCCGGCUCAAGGCUGCUCACACCUAUGUCUCGGAAGAGCUCCGGGCCCUGGGGAUCCCCUUCGUGAGCCGUGGGGCCGGCUUCUUCAUCUGGGUCGACUUGAGGAAGUACCUGCCCGCGGCCACCUUUGAGGAGGAGAUGCUGCUCUGGCGCCGCCUUUUGGAUAACAAGGUGCUGCUGUCCUUUGGCCAAGCCUUCGGGUGCAAAGAGCCUGGCUGGUUCCGCUUGGUUUUCUCUGACAAGACCCACCGGCUUCGCCUGGGGAUGCAGAGGGUCCGGCAGGUGCUUGAGGGCAAAUCCCAGAUGGCAGAAGACGCCCCUUCCUGCUAGACCGAGGAGCCGAGGGGUCCGCACAGGAUACGUUGAUGCCAGGAUUUGCUGUACUGGGAUGCCUGCCGCUUUUCCGGAGGUCAUAACAGAAUGGCCACGUUGACGGCCCUACACAUCCUCUCCAGAGACCUCUGUUGUGAUGCUGCCACUGUUGUUGAGGGUCCCCUGUGAAGGACCCACGUGAUGAAUUCCAUUUAGAAUUUUCAGAAGGAUGACUCCUAGCUCUCCCUUAGAGAGAAUCCAAGCAGGUUUCCUAGCAAGGCUGACUAAACUAGGAAUCUGGAUCUGAACUGAGCUCAUUGGUUUGAGUAGAGCUGGCUUGUGCUCUGCUGAAUGGCUGUGUUCCAUAUGUCUCCCUUUCUGGAGCAUGGACUGGACAUAUCCUACACCCACCUCACAUCUUCUCUGCUCACCUUUCUGCUCUGCCAGUUACUACAGCCAUCAGAUUUUGUGUUCUCUCCUUCUCUUUUCCUCUGUGUGGCUUCAUUUUCAGACAUGCUCCAUUCAGAUGGUGGCAAGAUGGCUUCCAGGCAGCUCCAGGUUACAUGGUCCUUGUAGCAGACACCUACAGGGUAUUAGCAAGAUAGACACCCUUUCUUCCUCAGCAUUCAUUUCUCUCCUGCCAUAGAAGGCCAGCAGGCCUUACCUCAAUCAUCUGCCCAUCCAGGGGAACCCAGGUUCUAUUCAUCUGUCCACUCUGCCAUCCUUAGUGGGUUGGCUUUUCCCCUUCAAGCUUAUUUCCUCAUUGUCUCAAUAUGGCUACAGAAGCUCUAAACAUCACCUCCUCACCAACCACUUCCAGACACAGAAAAGAGAGUAUGUUUUUCUGUUGCCUCCUUUUCAUUUUAUUUCAUUCAUUUAAAAAAUAUUUGUUUAAGCCUCAGAUUUGUAGGAGUUCUUUGUAUGUCUGGAAAUGAGUAUUUAUUUUGCCAGAUACUCUUCAUUUAUUAACAUUCACUUUAUCAUUUUUUUUAUUCUCCUCCUGAACAUGGAAAUGACCUUAGAACACUUAACUCUCACUCCUUUAUUUUCAUCUCCUGCCAUAUUGUUGACUAGUAUUUUAGUUAAUGCCUCUUUGUUGUUGUUGUUUUUUUCUUCCUCUGGAAAUUGUGCUUUGAAAAGUCAUGACAACCCCAGUUUGGUCGAAGACCUGGUCAAAUAGAACCUCCAGUUCUGAUGUGAACAUUUCUAACAACAGUUCUAAGACUCUCAACAGGAUAUUUAAUGUUUGACACCAUGUUUUCUUAGACUCCAUCACCCUAAGUCAAAAUUUAGGGCAUUGUUUUCCCAUAAAGAGUCUGAAAAAGAGUUUAAAAGAAAGUGAGAAUAGUAGUUGCCUAUGGGGUAGGGAAACUGGGAGGAUGGGAAACAAGGACAGGAGUGAGAAUGUGUACUCUUUCUUUCACUUUUUUGGUUCUCCUGUGUUUGUUUUAAUGCUUUUUGUUUUUAAAACCACAUGAAAGCUGUAUACAGUAAAAAAAGAAAUAAACUUAAAAAUUCUAUUUAGGGAAAGUACCUAGGAGAGUUACAGAUACCAUCUAGGUCUAGUACUGGUCUCAGAUGUCUUUUGAGCUUCUGCUAAAACACUGCGUUCAAUUAAUUUUUAAAAACUGAAGUAAAGUUUACCUACAGUGAAUUGGGCAGAUCUUAACUGUAAGAUUCAAUGUCCUUGACAUAUAUAUAUAUA